AAUUUCUUUACUGUGACCACGGAAACCAAGCCGUGCUGUGAUUGGUCGACGCAUUGUGUGCUGGGUGGAGUCUAUAUAAACACUCUCUGAGAAGAAUCAUCAGUUUCCAGGACUAUUCAGAGAGCCUCACCAUGUCUACACCAAAUAAUUCUGAGUUGGAUUUGGAGCUGGGAGACUUACUGCAGGAGUUUAAUGAUGUUGUGAAGGAGUUGAGCUCUGAACACGUGCUGAGAGAUGUGAAGAGACACACAGGAGUCAGUGAUGGAGACGAUUCAGACUACUGUAGUGAGGCUUCGCUGGCAAACAGUUUGAAUGCCAGUCAAGAGGAGCUCCACAUCGCAAGCAUGACCUCGGCACCUAAAGCCAGGCUCGGGGACACCAGCGACCUACAGAGCUUCAUCGAAAACCUGGACAGAGAGCUUGCAGAGAUGUGAUCGCAGAGGACGGAGCACCUGAAGAAUCUCUG